AUGGGCGGCGACAUGGACGCCGACAUCAAGCUGCCGUGGAGUCGCGUCUGCCUCGCGGUCAUCUCGUACGGCCUCUUCUUCACCGACAUUCCGCGCAGCGGCCUCGGGUUCCCGACGCUUCCGAGCGGCUUCCGCAGCAUCACCGAGUCGCACUACUCGAGCUUUGGGCCCUACGCCUAUCCGAUCCUUGGCGUCACCAAAACAAAUAAUGGGGCCUACAUCGGAUCGCGUCCAUUCGCCAAGGUCUGGAGCUACAAGUUUGAUACGUGCUCGGUGGGUCUCCGCACUGUCGUCGCAUCGCUCGACGUCGCUGGCUGGGACCCGUGCCUCGUGUACCAAGCCGACUGCAACACGACGCAGCUUAGCCCCGAGAGCGUCUUUCGAAUGCUCGACAACGUUGUCUCCGCCGUCGUCGCCGCGCCGUCGCUCACGUGGCGCGUCAUCUACUACUACUACGACAUCAUCAACGACCUCUUUGCGUUCGGCACGUUCCAGGAACGCGACUGGCGCACGGUGCGGACGCACUACGUUCCGUCGCCGGACGUUGACGUGUGCGACCCCACGUCCCCGACGCGGCCCUUCUUUUGCGAGCAGCUCUGGACCGACUUUGGCGCACUCGGCGACGUCAGCACGGGUCGCAUUCCAGACGACAUUCGAUCGCGAUUCCAGGCCCAAGUCAACGCCUCCGACGCGCUCCGCCAGCGCGUCGAGCUGGUCCUCCUCGAAGCCAUUGACGACAUUCGGCCGUGGGGCGGCGGCUUCACAAAGUCGUAUACGUCGGCGUACGAUGUUGUUGCGCUCCUUCGCGUCCAAAACUGCUCCUCGUCCUCUCUCGACUGCGAGACCGUCUUUGUCUCCGACUACCGCUACGAAGGGGGGUUUGCCAAGACAAAUACGAUGCGGUACUAUGGCGUCACCCACAUUUUACGGCUUUUUGGCCAAACGUACAACAUUUGCCGGGCGCUGACGCUCUUUCUCGGGUGCUACCUCGCGCGGGCGGCCGAACCAAAGUACGCAGACGCGUCUCUUCUUCGGCGACUACUGUGUGCGACGCGAACCUUUCUGCGCAUCCCGGCGCAGGUUGUGAUCCACGGCAGCUGGCUGCCCGUUGCUGCGUUUGUGGUGGCGCAUCUUAUUGACUCGCCGCUCUUGUACUACUGCAUCUUUAUGCAGCUCGGUCCGCUCAACGGCGCGACGCGCUUUACCCCCGACCAGAUUUACAGCUUUUGGGUCCUCCUUACGUGUCAUAUGCGCAACGUGUGGGUGCUCAGCCUUGCGACCAAGUGCAUUUUGCUCGCGGUGGACCAGCGUCGGCGACAGACGAUUCUCGGGUUUCGCGGCUACCUCCUUCCGUGCGUCUCGUUCCUCUCGAUCUUCUUUGAGCUCCGCUUGACGUCGCUUCGGCGCACGGACCUCUUGUCGGUCGUGGACGCCGUGCCGAGCGUGCCAUUGACGCUACUCCGCGAGUUGCAUACGAUCCCGAGCAAUUACCGCUACUGGGGCGCGUUCUCGGACAUCAAAAACCUCUUUCUGUCGUGGAGUGCGGUCUACAUUGUCUUUGGCGGCCUCUUCCGGCGCCGCCUCGGGUUCCGAACCACCGUGCCGUUCACACUCUUGCGCUACUGCAAUCGAAGCAUGUUUAGUACGUCCUGGAACGCCCUCGCCCCCGAGAGCACGGCCGUCACGCCCCUCGGCGACCUCAGCAGCACGCGCCAUUCGCUCAACGCACUCAUGCACAUCACGUGGAUGACCGACCCUCUGCAGUACAUGAUGCUGCGCUGGAACCAGCCAGUCGUGUACGUCUACCGCCGCAAAGCGACGGGCACGCGACUGUACCACCCGCUCUCGCCGCGAGAGCUCGCGCGCCAAGACGCGGCACUGAGCGAAUCGGUUGACGUGAUGGGCCAAGUGUUUCUGAUGGAGCUGCCGUGGGCCGACCGUAUCUACUGUUACUAG